GCGCGUGAUGUACGCUGCACCCACAAUCCCUCGCGCGGUCACAUCAUGGCAGACGAGCUGACGCAGGAGCUGCAGCCCGCAGCUGCACAAAUGCAGAUUUUACCGAACGGAGACUCUCACUUUCCCAAAGAGGACCCGGAUCCCGCUGACGAGACCGGGAAGAAGAAGAAAAAGAAGAAGAAGAAGGGAAAAGCGGCAGCCGUAGGAAACCACGAGGGUGAAGGAGAGCCUGGCAUCACCAAAGUGACAAAUCAGCUGGAGCAGCAAAGUUUAGAAGACCAAGAAAAAGAGGACGAGCCAGAAGAGGAUGGCGAGGAAGGAGAUUCAACUGGAAAGAAAAAGAAGAAGAAGAAGAAAAAGAAAGGACCCAAAGUUCAAACAGAUCCUCCAUCUAUCCCCAUCUGUGAGCUUUACACCAAUGGGGUUUAUGCCAAGGGCCAGGAAUGUGAAUAUCCAUCAACGCAAGAUGGACGUACUGCCGCAUGGCGGAUGACCAACGAGGAGAAGAAAUUUUUGGAUCAGGCUAAUGAGGAGAUGUGGAACGACUUCAGACAGGCUGCCGAGGCCCACCGGCAGGUCAGGAAAUACGUCAUGAGCUGGAUCAAACCGGGCCUGACCAUGAUCGAGAUCUGUGAAAAACUGGAAGAUUGCUCUAGGAAGUUGAUCAAGGAAAAUGGUCUGAACGCUGGUUUGGCUUUUCCGACCGGCUGCUCGCUGAACCACUGCGCCGCUCACUACACUCCUAACGCAGGAGACCCUACCGUUCUCCAGUACGACGAUGUCUGCAAGAUCGACUUCGGCACGCACAUUAAUGGUCGAAUCAUUGACUGUGCCUUUACUGUCACCUUCAACCCAAAGUACGACAAACUGCUGGAAGCUGUUAAAGAUGCUACAAAUACUGGAAUUAAGUGUGCAGGUAUUGAUGUUCGUUUGUGUGACAUUGGAGAGUCAAUUCAAGAGGUUAUGGAGUCUUAUGAAGUGGAACUCGAUGGAAAAACAUAUCAAGUGAAACCAAUCCGAAAUCUCAAUGGCCACUCUAUUGGACAGUACAGAAUACAUGCAGGCAAGACGGUGCCCAUAGUGAAAGGAGGCGAAGCCACUAGGAUGGAGGAGGGAGAGGUUUAUGCCAUCGAGACCUUCGGCAGCACUGGGAAAGGCAUGGUGCACGACGACAUGGAGUGUUCCCAUUACAUGAAAAACUUUGAAGUUGGUCACGUGCCAAUAAGACUUCCCAGAGCCAAGCACUUGUUGAAUGUGGUCAACGAGAACUUCGGCACUCUGGCCUUCUGCCGCCGCUGGUUGGAUCGUUUCGGGGAGACCAAAUAUUUAAUGGCACUGAAGAAUCUUUGCGACCUGGGUAUCAUCGACCCCUACCCCCCUCUGUGCGACACCAAAGGCUGCUACACGGCCCAGUUUGAACACACCAUCCUGCUGAGACCCACCUGCAAGGAGGUGGUCAGCCGAGGAGACGAUUACUAGGCCUCCACGUCACCAGUUUUUAUAAAUCUCUCCUCUGCUUUCGUAUCACAUGAGUAUUUUGAUGGGUAAAGGCCUUAGUAAGUUAAUGAGCUGUGCCUUCUCAUUUAUAACAUGCUAGUAUUUGUUUGUAUAAAGGAUGAAUGGAGGUUUAAGUCCUCUGUGGUAAAGAUGUCCCCUUGUUUAACCACGGUGGAACUCACUGGUGCAGAUGUGUACUUACCCCCCACCCGUAAAGUUCUCUAGAACCAUUUUGUUAAUGCUGACAACGAUCUGGUGCACUUUUCUUGAUCCACACCCAGAGAAAAAUUCAAACGCACAUUUUUAGGUAAUCUGGAUUAACUAUGUUACACAUUAGCAGUUGCACGUUUUUUUGUACACAAAGCUUUACUAAAUCCUGGUCUAAGAGAAAUUAGGAAAAGUUCAUGUUCAUUGAUUAUUAUUAUUUUUAAUCAAGUGCUGUUUAUCCUUUUCAGUUUGAUUCAGUUACACAUUUAGGCUGAAAAAUCCUCUGAGACAUUACUGAUGGGGUUUAGCUUUAUUCCUUAACUCAAGAAUGGACUUUAAUGCAGCAUACACCAUCCAUAAUAAAAUACUCAUUCAAACACAUGCUUUCCCUUUAAGAGCGGACACUCAUAACAAAACUGGCGGUGUUGAUAUGUAAGCAUCUAUAUUUUGGAUAUGCUUGAUUUCAAGUAAAGCCUGUUUGAAAUCAAUCACGUUUCUCAGAAUAAAGCACAUGUGGUGUUUUAUUCUGAAGUGCAAAUAAAAUUUAUAAGAAAUUGUGACCUGCAA